AUGUCGGCCGACGAGAAGACCCGUCAGGCUGAGAUCGAGCAUGCUCGCACCAACGAGUCCGGCAUGUUCGACGAUGGCGGCCCAGAGAAGCCUGUCCCCCGCGUCGAGAAGGUUGAUCAGUUUGGUGCCCACGAGAAGACCGAUCCCAAGGAGAUUGCUCUCGUGAAGAAGCUCGACCGCUGGAUCAUGCCCAUGCUCUGGUCUAUGUACUGGCUCAACUAUCUUGAUCGUAAUGCCAUCGCUUUGGCGCGCCUGAACGACCUCGAGGAUGACCUCAACCUCUCCGGCACCGAGUACCAGACCUGCGUUUCUAUUCUUUUCGUCGGUUACAUCCUGGGUCAGAUUCCCUCCAACAUGUUCCUCACCCGAACGAGGCCUUCCCGCUACAUGGGUAUCAUGAUGAUGCUCUGGGCCAUCGUUUCUGCCCUCACCGCGCUCUCCCACAACUACAUUGGUCUUCUCCUGACCCGUUUCUUCCUCGGUCUCACUGAGGCUCCUUACUACCCUGGCGCCGUCUACAUCCUGUCCAUCUUCUACAACCGUAAGGAGGUCGCCACCAGAAUCGCCAUCCUCUACACUGGCAACAUCCUUGCCACCGCUUUUGCUGGUCUCAUCGCCGCUGGUGUUUUCCACGGCAUGGACGGCGCUGGUGGUCUCGCUGGCUGGCAGUGGCUUUUCAUCCUCCAGGGUGCCGUCACCUUCGUCAUUGCUAUUGUUGGCUACUUUGAGGAGCGCAACCUUGCGCACAACCGCAUUGAGCUCGACACCGUCUCCAACGAGGGCCAGACUGGUCUCACCAAGGGUCUCAAGGAGGCCUGCCGCGACCCCAUGGUCUGGAUCUUCUGCGCCAUGGCCCACAUGCAUCUCGCUGCCAACGGUUUCAAGCAGAACUUCUUCCCCUCUGUCGUCAAGACCCUCGGAUUCGGCCAGACCAUCACCCUUGUGCUGACUUGCCCUCCCUACCUGAUUGCCGGCGCCGUCACCAUCGCCGUGUCUUGGUCUUCUGGCCGCUUCAACGAGCGCACCUGGCACAUUACCAUCUCGAAAGCCGUCGCCACCAUCGGUUUCGUUGCCGCUGCCGCCGUUAACAACGUCGGCGGCCGCUAUGCCUCCAUGGUCAUCUUCACUAUUGGAACGUACGGCGUCAACUCGCUCAUCCUCGGAUGGUGCGGCAGCACCUGCGGUCAGACCAAGGAGAAGAAGGCCGUCGCCAUUGGCAUGGUCACGACCAUUAUGAACAUCAGCUUCAUCUGGACCCCCUACUUGUGGCCCAAGAGCGACGAGCCCCGCUACCUAAUUGCCAUGAUGAGCAGCGCCGCCUUCAGCAUCGCCACGGCCGCGCUGGCCUGGCUCGCCAAGAUCAUCAUGAAGCGCAGGAACAGGGCGCUGCGCGCGAGCGAGAACGAGACAAAUGUGUUCUACGUGUACUAA